AUGAUUGAAUCCGCCUAAUACUUACUUCAUUAAAAACCAUAAAUAAAUUUGUUACUAUAAAAUGCAACACUUUCAUUAUCAAGAAAGAUAAUAUUCUCACUUUUAAGCCUUAUGUAUUUUGAAUUAACUACUCAGUAACAUAUUUAGAACUAAAAAUUUCCUCCUUAUUACAAUUUUUCUACAUAUUUUUAAUAAGGUAGUCAAAUCGAGAAAUUUAAAUGUCUAAUCAAUUAUUUUAAUUAAUGUGUUGAAUAGACAGAAUAUUUCAACUUACCAGAUGUCAAUUUUUAAAGAGUAUAAAUAAUUGAUAUUCCAAAAUGGAGUGAUAGCACAAAUUAAUUGUCAAAUUUUAAAUUUGAAAAAAAAAGAAAUGAAGAUCAUAUAAAUUGUGGGAUAGUUGAUUUUAGCGAUCGUUUUUUUGGAGGAAAAGUAGCAGCAGGAAGAGGAUGUGCUUAAGAAGAAGUUUUAUUAUUAAUUAAUCCUGAAGCUAUUAUAGCAACUUUAUUCACUUCAUAAUUAGGAGACAAAGAAAGUAUCAUAAUUUCUGGAAUACUACAAUUCAAUGAAUAUAAAGGUUAUGAGGAUAGUUUCAUUUGUAUUCCUACAAAAUUUGUAAAUAAAGGAUAAGUCUUAAUUGCUAUAGAUGCUAUAUAUUUUUCUACAAAACCAUAAGGAUAUUAGUAUACUUAAGAAGCAAUUUACAGAGAAUUAAAUAAGUCUUUUUCUGGAUUUAAGGGUAGUUAAUAAUAAAUAAUUUCAACUGGAAAAUGGGGAUGUGGUAUAUAUGGAGGAGAUAAAUAAUUAAAAACUUUAAUUUAAUGGUUAGCAUUUAGUUAAGCUUGUCCUAAUGGUACCAUUAUAUUCAAUGGAUUAGAUGAUUAAGCAUUUAAUGAUUUAGGAAAACGAUUAGAGUUAUGCAAAAAGCGAUAUUAAACUGUAGGGAAUUUAUUAAAAGCUAUUUUAAAUUUAAGUUAAAAAAAUAUUUUAGAUAAACUUUGCUGA